UCCCAAGCGGCAUCAGGCUGGUUUGCCACCGCUUUGCGCUGUUUUAAUCUCUUGGGGUCUCCUUGAAGUGUUCCAGUCAUGGCUUCCAAAGACAUAUCUUGGUAUAUGAAGAAGCGUGUGGGCCAAGUCAAAACUGAUUACGCGUAUCAUCACACUAAACAUGUUGUCAAGCAGCAUACGGAAAGGAAAUCAAGCUCUAAAUCGGUGAGCCAGGUACAGGCCCAGGCCACAGAGGCGAUGGCGGAACCAGCCUAUAUCAUACCGGUGUUCCGGCAGAGGACUGCUGAGGAGACUGAGGAGUACCAGAGAGUGUCUACAAAUGUUGGGAAGGGACUGGCUGUUAUUCAGGAGGAGCUUCACAGGAUGAGGAUUGCUACUAAGGCUCAAGUGGAGAGCCUUGAGAUCCAGAGAGAGGUUAGAGGAAGGAUGACUAGGAGGGGGGAUCUGUUGGACGACGUCCCCAAGAUGCCGGACUUCCUGGUGGCCCUGCGGCCCCACACCGUGUGGGAGAAGACUCCCGUCAAACUCUUCUGCACCGUGGAGGGACACCCGAGGCCCAUCGUCAAAUGGUAUAAGGACGGAGUGCCAGUCGACCCGCUGAGCGCUCCCGGAAAGUACAAGAUUGAAAACAAGUAUGGAGUCCACGGUUUGAUCAUAAGCAGGUGUGUGGUGAGGGACACUGCCGAGUACAGCGCUGUGGCAACCAACCAGUACGGUACGGCCACCAGCAAGGCCACCGUUACCGUGAAGAGAGCGUCGGGAGCCGCGGAGUCCUGCCAGCUUGGUCUCGUGCCCCACCUGACCGAGAUCCAUCCCAGUAAGCUGGAGGUCACCCUGCUCGACCAUUUCCAUGUCUCCUUCGGCGUGGAGGGCGGCUCCAUCAGUCUGGUGUGUACCAUGGUGGUCGUCCCCGACCUCCCCAACGUCCCACCCAUCGCCCAGUGGUACAGAGACGAUAAACUGCUGAAACCAAGUAAGCUGGUGGAGAUGAAGGUGAGUGGGAGCGCGGCCCGUCUGACGCUGCCUCACCUGGCCAAGGACGACGAGGGCCUCUACACCCUCCGCAUCUUCACAAAGGAUGGCACCGCCGAGCACAGCGCCUACCUGUUUGUCUCAGAUGCCGCUGCCGCUGCAGCCGGGGCCCCCGGUGCACCAAUGAGCGUAAAGGCGUAUGACAUCAACUCGGACUACGUCCUGGUUGCCUGGAAACCCCCCAACACCGUCAACGAGGCGCCAAUCACCGGAUACUUUGUGGAUCGGUGUGAGGCUGGCAGCGACACCUGGGUCCAGUGCAACGACGCCCCAGUGAAGGUUUGUAAAUACCCGGUUCACGGCCUGAGCAUGGGCCACUCCUACCACUUCCGGGUCAGAGCCGUGAACAGCGCCGGCAUCAGCAGGCCGUCCCGCAAGUCGGACAAAGUGACCGCAAUGGACGCCGCUGAGCACGAGAGGCUGCAAGUGAUUAAAAUCGAAGGAAAAUACGACAUAGUGAUCAAGGAUGAUGAUCUGGAAGGCUACGUAACGAUCCCGGGGGAGCCCACCGACGUGCAUGCCUCUGAGAUUUUCAAAUCGUACGUCGUGCUGAGCUGGAAGCCGCCCAGCCCCCGCGGACGAGCUCCGCUGUGGUACGUCAUCGAGAAGUGCUUAGCAGGCACUGGAGCGUGGCAGCGGAUCAACACAGCAGUCAAACUGCACUCCCCACGUUACCCGGUUUUUGAUUUGCAAGACGGGCAAAAGUACCAGUUCCGAGUGUAUUCGGUCAACAUGUACGGCUCCAGCGAGGCCUCCGCGCCCUCUGAGCCCGUCCAAAAGGUCGAUCAGGAUGGUAUUGAGCUGCUGGUCGGCGUCCCCUCUGCUCCUGGUCAGGUUGUUGCCACCAGGAACACCAAGUCAUCCGUGUUUGUGCAGUGGGAGCCUCCCAAACAUCUGAAACACCUCAUGGGAUAUUACAUCGACGGCCGCGCCGUCGGAUCCAAGGAGUGGUUCCCCUGUAACCACAAACCCUUCAAACACACCAGGUUCGUGGUCCACGGCCUGAUCCCAGGAGAGACCUACGUGUUCCGCGUCCAAGCCGCCAACAUCUUCGGCCUCAGUGACGAGUCACAGGAGUCGACUCCCAUCUCCGUGGAGCCGGCCCUCGGGAAGGGGGUGGAGUACGCGACUCCCAGCGCUCCCUUCGGCAUCACCAUGCUGAGCUGCGACGGCUCCUCCAUGACCGUGGCCUGGAAGAGUCCCAAACACUGCGGCGGCUCCAAGGUCAACGCCUACUACAUCGACAAGCGUGACGCCGACACUCUGAUCUGGAAGGAGGUCAACCUGUCGGCCGUCACCGAGAGGGUCUGCACCGUCGACAAUCUGACGGAGGGAACCUUCUACGAGUUCAGGGUCCAGGCCGGGAACAUGGCCGGCGUCGGGCUUCCAUCAGCUCCCAGCACCCCCAUGAAAUGCGUAGCUUGGACCAUGGAGGAGCCAGGCCCAGCCUACGACCUGAGCUUCAGUGAGGUCAGGAGUCACUCCCUGGUCUUCCUGUGGAAGGCUCCGGUCUACACUGGAGCGAGCGCCGUCACUGGAUACUUUGUGGACAUGGCCAAAAAGGGCUCGACAGAGUUCGUUACUCUGAAUCAUGAAGCCGUGCACCACCGCUACCUGCAGGUGAGCGGUCUGGAGGAGGGCCAGUCUUACGUGUUCAGAGUUCGUGCUGUCAACGCAAACGGCGUCGGAAAAGCCUCCCAGUUGUCUGAGCCCGUCUGUGCCAAAGCUCUUCCAGGCACCAAAGAGAUCGUGGCUGGUGUGGAUGAGGAAACCGGAGACAUCUACCUGUCUCUCGAGGCCUGCGAGAUCUGCGAGACCUCCAAGUUCGUGUGGUCCAAGAACUACAAACCCAUCGGCGACUGCCCACGUGUCGCCGCCACGGCGCACGGCAGAACCUCCAGGUUGACUUUCACCAACCCCGAUAAGGACGAUUUGGGCAGAUACUCUGUGGUCGUCACCGACACAGAUGGAGUCUCUGGCAGCCACACACUGACCGAGGACGCCCUGAACACCAUGCUGGAGCUCAGCUAUGCCAUCAGACAUCCAGUUAUUCCUCUGAAACACGGCCUGAACUACGAGAUUCUGGAGAAGGGUCAUGUGCGUUUCUGGCUGCAGGCGGUCAAACUGUCGCCCGCAGUGUCCUACAGGUUCAUCGUUAACGACAAGGAGGUCACCAGCGGAGAGGGUCACAAGAUCAGCCACGACGUGGCCACGGGAAUCAUCCAGAUGACCGUGGAUCACUUCACCAGAGCCAACGAGGGCACGUACACCGUCCAGAUCCACGACGGCAAGGCCAAAGCCCAGAGCUCCCUGGUCCUGGUGGGAGAUGUGUUCAAGGUAGCUCUGAAGGAGGCCGAGUUUCAGAGGAAAGAGCACAUCAGGAAACAAGGUCCACAUUUCUCUGAGUAUCUGUAUUUCACUGUCACUGAGGAUUGUACCGUCAUGCUCACCUGCAAGGUGGCCAACGUGAAGAAGGAGACGACUUUCCACUGGUACAAAGAGGACGAUGAGAUUGUUCCAGAAACUCCCCCCAACGUCAUGUCGGGAGCCUGCGCUCUUCCCCUCCCUCUGUUCUCCAGGAAAGAUCAGGGUGUUUUCAAGGCCGUGCUCGGCGACGACAGAGGAAAGGACACAUCUACCAUUGACAUUUCAGGCCACGUGUUUGACGACAUCAUCAAUGCCAUCGCCAAGAUCGCCGGUGCUUCUGCCUCUGACCUGGUGCUGCAGUGUACUCCAGAGGGCAUCAGGCUGCAGUGCUACAUGAACUACUACACAGAGGAGAUGAAGACCGUCUGGAAACACAAGGAGUCUAAGAUCGCCUCCUCUGAGAAGAUGAGGAUCGGAGGCACGGCAGAGAUGGCCUGGAUGCAGAUCUGUGACCCGUCCGAUAAGGAGAAGGGUCACUACACCAUCGAGAUCUCAGACGGCGUGAAGACUCACACCAGGACCUUUGACCUGUCUGGACAAGCGUACACCGAUGCCUAUGAGGAGUACCUGAGACUUAAGGCAGCUGCAUUUGCCGAGAAGAACCGCGGCAGAGUGGUCGGUGGUCUGCCUGACGUGGUCACCAUCAUGGAAGAGAAGUCCCUGAGCCUGACCUGCACCGUGUGGGGCGAGCCGACCCCUGAGGUCACCUGGUUCAAGAACGAGCAGGAAGUCACCUCCACCGAGCACACCAGGGUCAUGUUUGACGGCGGCAAGUUCGCCAGCCUCGUCAUCACCAAAGUCACUCCCGAAGACUCUGGCAAGUACAGCAUCAACGUGCGGAACAAGUACGGCGGCGAGUUCGUCGAGAUCACCGUCAGCGUCUACAAGCACGGCGAGCAGAUCCCCGAGCCCAAACUGGGACAGCCCAGAAUGGCCACACCCGCCGCUACACCUGCGACCACGCCUAUGCCGCCCAAGUCCCCAGCUCCCCACUCCAAGACCCCGACCCCCACACCUUCCAAGUCCCACACCCCAGCGCCAUCCCUGAAGAGCCCGACUCCGGCAUCCACCCCAAUCCCCAAGUCUCCAACCCCAACCCCCAAAUCCCCGACCCCCAAAUCCCCGACCCCGAAAUCCCCGACUCCACCUCGCAGCGUCAAGUCUCCAACCCCGCCCAGAUUCAUGAAGUCUCCGACCCCGCCCAGGAAGUAAGCGGUGGGGGUUGACACCAGAGGGGGAAACACUUGCUGUUAGCAACACUGAUUUUUAGCAUGAGCGUGAAACCGUGUGAAGAAGUACUUACUUAGACGUAGUCACUGUUACAGUCCCACUCUCUUGCACCGCUGCACACUCUGGACUACGACUCUGAAAGAACAGGCCGCUAACUAGUCCUGCACAGGUUACUUUUAUCGAGAACUAGUUGCACAGUAGACACAGGAAGAAACCCACAAAACAGGGACUUUUACAGCGGCUGCUUGACAUAGACGUCCUUCUCAGUUACUUCAUGUCAUUCAACUGGUCACAGGUGGGGUAAAAAAAUAAAAAGCAAUAAACUCAGAAAAGGUUGAUGUUAACGUUCAGUGUUUUAAAAGCUGCACCUUCCACUACGCAGCGUUAGUGGAAUGCCCCGUAUUCAUCUUUUUGUUUGUGGAUGUUAAAUGGGAAUUCUGGUUUAUUACAACUUGGGUCUUACUCAUGUAGUUUUGGCCGUAGAAACAAACUCGUACUCAUCAGGGAUGUUUUUUUUGACGAGCAGGUUGCACGAACUUAUUUUGAAGAGAAAGAGGGAAAGACUUGAGGUUGGUGCUCCAAAGUUUUCCUGUUAAACGAGGGACAUUUCAGGUGUGCACACUUUGAGUUUGACCUCCAUAUAAAGUGGUUUAGAUAAUCUGGCCGUACCUGUUGUGUUGUCUACAACCUGUCUGAUCAUGUUUAUUGCCCUGACUGACUUUAUUGAAGUGAUGUCACCAUAUUUCUAGAUCUCUGCAGAGAGUACAAUGUUUUCAUUGUUGGUAAAAAAAUAAAAAUAAAAAAUAAAAAUGUCCAAAAGUACGGAAAUAAAACCAGAGUUGUUAUGAACCAGAGUCCUUUAAGCUACUUUAAUCCCAGGUAGCUUUCAUCUGUUGGAGGUGUCUGUCUAUGACAUGUUGUGUCUCCCCCCCGAACGCUUUGUGAUGGCAAUAAACUUUACUUAUCAACCUC